AUGCAGUUGUACCCGUCGUCGAUGUAUCGAAUGUCGGAGAACGCCGCAACACCUCCAGAGGCGAUAUUUCGUUUAGGAAACGGUGUCGAAUUACCACCAUUUCGAACUGUCAGUGAUUUCAUUCUUGGAAAGGCACGAUUCGAGCUCCCACCGUACAACGAUUUGCCGAGGUGGAACAAUCGUAUCGUGUCAAACCUCCUGUACUAUCAAACAAACUAUUUUGUAAUCUUUGCCGUUUUAGUCAUUCUACAAAGCUUCUUUAACUCACAGGACUUGGCUCUAGGAUUGGCAGCUAUUGUGGUGGUUGCCGCUGUUGUGAUUUUUGCUAUUUCCGACAACCCAUCUUUCUAUCAGACUCGUCGCGAUCAUCCAUUAUUAACUCUUGGUGCAAUAAUAGUUGCUUGUUAUUUCUUCAUCCAGGUGCUGCCGUCUGUUUUGACAGUUCUCUUCAGUGUGUUGUUCCCCCUUUUCAUUAUUCUUUGCCAUGCGUCUAUUCGUCUUCGCGACUUCAUGUCGAAAGUGACACAAACAGCUGAGAAGCUCGGCCUUCGCACAACAGUUAUGGGACGCAUCUUAGAGACCUUCUUCUUGUUUAUAGGGUCAAAACAACACGAAUCAUGGUGCAAUUGCGUAUGCGGCUUCUUUCGAGGCGGUGCGGUUAGAAGCGUACUGGAACCCUUGCUGGCGCCUUCUAUCGCUGUAGUUUGCAAUGAGCUGCCACAUGGUCCUCUCACUUUUUGUUUCCGCUUGCCUGCAGCAUUGUGUAAACCAAUAGAAAAUGUGGUAUCGUGCGAAAAUACCCAUUGUUUUCGAGGAAUUUGCGUAUGGGAUCUUUCAAGAGAUGGCGACUUAUUCCAACCUAUUGAGGAUAUGUGCGAUCACGAUAGAUUGUGCCAGAACUGCGAUGAGGGAGCAAGUACAAACACGCAGGAGGACACAGACUACUCAGACGAUCACGGAUAUCAUACACCAAAGAAUAUUUUCAAUACGGAAAUGUCAAGACUUUCACAGAUGCAACUCUCUUACGUACAACACACACCGCCUAGUCCUGAAUCGGGCACGGAGGAUGAGGAAAACCAGUACUCAACGAUUAAAAAGUGUCCUUUGAGAUCUUCGAUGGUAAGAAAUCUGGAGACGCUCAUCCAGAAAAAUGCAACAGCUGCACAGCAGAAAACACGAUCGGUUUUCUACAACGAUAUAAGUAUGGACAACAUGUUAAAGGAGCUGGAAAAUGCGCCCUUGACGAAGAAACUCUCGCUGCUGGCUCGAUUAAGAGAUACCGAUCACGUCGAUGUAGCGUUAUUUAUUUGCUUUGUAUUGUUAGUAGUGUUCGGAUUCUUUGGUUUCUAUAUUUUACUGAAUGAAUUUUGA